AUGGUGGUGGUGCUUCUUUAUGUGGAUGAUAUAAUCUUGACGGUAAGUAACUAUGAUGAGGUUGAUCGUCUACAAGAUGAGCUCUCGCUUCUCUUUGAGUUGAAGAAGCUUGGUGAACUUGGAACUUUCUUUGGUCUACAAAUCGAAAAUUUCGAUAAAGGUUUAUUUGUAUUGCAGAUCAACUAUGCAAAGAAGUUGGUAGAAAAUUUUGGUAUGACUGAUGGAAAAAAGAGCUAUACUCCUCUUGAUGUAAAUCCCAGACAUAGUCAAGACGAAGGAUCAUGUCUACUAGAUCCUCGUCCGUAUCGUGCUCGUGUGGGAAGUCUAAUUUAUCUUACUAUAACAAGGCCUAGCAUUGCUUAUGCAGUUGGAGUGGCGAGUCGAUACAUGUAG